AUGGCACCGACGGCAACGCUAGGAAUCCUGAUGCUGCUGGUUUCGGUGUGCUGCGUUGUCCUCACCUCGGGCUACCAGCAUCUGAAGAAAGUUCAGUUGUCAACUGAACAGUUCCAGUUCGAGUGCUACCCUGCAUCGGAGAAAGUGAACCUCACGCCCCGGUUCGCCUCACCGAACCAGAACGACUCGAUCUCCAUUCAGGUGACGCGCCGCUUCACGCACCAGAUCGUAUCGCGCAUCUACGCGAUCUUCCUGCGCGAAGUGCUCGGCUACCGGAACGUGAAGCUGGUCGAGUAUCGAGACGAACUGCCGAAGAUCGAAACCGAACGCAUCCGGCUGUUCGUCACGCUGGAGCAUCUCGUCAGCGACAGCGGCAAGUGGCCCGAUCCGACGAUCGAUCUGGAAGUGUGGCUACUGUCGGACUACCACAUCAUCCCGACGGAGAUUCAGGAAGCGGGAGCCAUCACGAACCCGGGGCGGUUCGGGUUGUUCAUUCCGAAGCCGCUGGUCCGCAAGGAGGACUCGUUCCCGAAGCUGCUCCCGUACACGCUGUUCCAGGAGGAUGUGUUCGAUCGGCGGUACUAUGAGUUUAUCAAAAAGUUCGACGUGUCCGAGGGCGUGCUCGAUUCGAUCCGGCGUUACGCCGAGCGGGUUUGUGGGGAGGAGUGUAACGAGCACGGCAUGUUCAUCCCGGACCAGUGCACCGAGGGCCGCAAGUGUGCGCUAGUGUUGGCCCCGCACUACGAGGACACGCGCUUCCUGGUGAAGCACAUCCACGAGAUGGGCUUCCAGCUGAAGGUGAUGUGGAUGGGCGACAAGCUGAAGCUCGCCAUCCGCCAGCUGAUGGCCGCGUACGGGGGUGACCGGAAGAACGGGAAAAAGUUUCUCGUGUUCCACUGGACACCGUCGGAAGUGAUCAACAGCCGGACGAUGGAGUACCUGCCGGUGACGAUGCCGCGGUGUGAGGAGAUGUUUGCCAGCAACGACACGGGCUGCAAGUACGAGAUGACCCCGCUGCUGAAGUACUACGCCAAGCAGUUCCGCUUCUCCGACCACGCGGUGCAGUCCUUUAUGCAGCUGUACUUCGAGGAGGACGAGAUGCGCAGCGUGUUCGAUCUGUACGAUCAGUACGAGGACCGCAUCCUGGCGGCCCGGGACGAAACGAACCUCGAGUACAGCAAGCAGGGCGUGGCGCAGUACUACAAUGCGAUCGCCUGCGACUGGAUGAGGGCCCGCGAGCCGAUCUGGGCGAAAUGGAAACCGCACGGCCAGGCCAAGGAGGAAGUGUUUAUCGGGGGCAUUUUUCCGCUGUCCGGGAUGGGGCCCUCGUACCUGGGGAUUGCGCCGGCCGCACUGAUGGCCCAGCACGACAUCAACGGUAACCGGACGAUCUUGCUGAACCACGAGCUGGCCGUGCAGCAGAACGAUGGCCAGUGCCGGGCGGAUACGGUCAUGAAGUCGUUCAUAAACUACUACAUCCAGCAGACGCGCAUGAUCGGUGUGCUGGGGCCGGCCUGCAGUGAAACCGUCGAGCCGAUCGCCGGUGUCUCGAAGCACUUCCGCAUGGCCGUCAUCUCGUACUCGGCCGAGGGAGCCUUCCUCUCGGACCGGGAAACGUAUCCCUACUUCUUCCGGACCAUCGGCGAGAACCGACAGUACGAGCACGUGUACGCGCAACUGUUGCCACGGCUGAACUGGCACCGGGUGGCGGCCCUGACCGAGGACGGCCAGAAGGCCACCGAGUACAUUUCGUACAUGGAGUCGCUCCUGAAGGAGCACCACAUCGAUCUGAUUUCGAACAAAAAGUUCCCCCGCGAUCGCACCGAUAUUGAGAUGAACCGGUAUCUGCAGGACUUGAAGUCGAAAAAUGCCAAAAUCAUCAUCGCCGAUGUGGACGACAAGGUGGCUCAGGUUAUCAUGUGCGAGGCGUACAAACUGGAGAUGACGGCCGAAAACGGGUACAUUUGGUUCCUGCCGAUCUGGCUGUCGAACGUGUGGAAUCUGAGCGCGGAGCAGCGUCACAACGAGAGCCUGCCGCCGACGCUCGCGGGCAGCAACAACGGCAGCAAUGGUGGUGGUGUAACGGCCACUACGGGAGGGCCCCGCGCGUGCACGACCAGCGAGCUGCUGCGGGCCAUGAACGGCCAUUUCUCGCUGUCGCACGCACCGUACGCGGACGAUGACGCUCGGCUCGACGUGGACGGAUCGACGGUGCGCGAGUGGAAGGAGAAGUAUGCCCGGACGCUGGCGGAGCAGGGCUAUCAGGCGUCGGAUUAUGCCGGCUACGCGUACGACGCCGUCUGGGUGUACGCUCUGGCCCUCGAUCGGCUGCUGCGCGAGGAUCCUUCCUAUUUCAGUGAUCUCCACUCGCAGCAAACGACGAACCGGUUGAUGGAAAUUAUCCGGGCGACCGACUUUCAGGGUGUCUCCGGGCGCAUCCGGUUCGGUGAGGCUGGCUCACGGUACACGAUCAUCAACGUGGUUCAGUUUGUGAACGGGACGCCAAACAUCGUGGGCCACUUUACGCCCAACAUUUCCGAGGCCGAGUAUGAGCUGAUCGGGGGAGAACUACGCCUGAACGAGUCGGCGAUCGUGUGGAUGACGCGGGACGGCCGCGCUCCGGACGAUGGGGCCCUCGUGUGCUCGUUCGCUGGCGUGGCCCGCCUGUUCGGGAUCAGCUGCGAGCAAGCGACCGUGGUCGUGACGACCGUGUUCUGCAUCCUCUGCAUCGCGAUCCUCUCGGUGGCUUCGUUCCUGUUCUGGAAGGAGCGCUACGAUCGCAAGAUGAAAACGUCGGCCAAAUACCUGCAGAAACUCGGCAUCGACCUCCUGUCACCGUCGGCCAUCCCGUUCAACACGCUCGACAAGUGGGAGAUCCCGAAGGACCGGGUCGUCAUCAAUCGGCGGCUCGGCGAGGGUGCCUUCGGCACGGUGUACGGCGGUGAGGCGCAGAUCGAGGACGAAGGCUGGACGGCGGUGGCCGUCAAGACGCUCAAGGUGGGAUCGACCACCGAGGACAAGGUGGACUUCCUGUCCGAGGCCGAAGCGAUGAAGCGCUUCGACCACAACAACAUCGUCCGUCUGCUCGGGGUCUGCCUGCAGUCGGAACCGGUCUACACGAUCAUGGAAUUUAUGCUGUACGGUGACCUGAAGACGUACCUACUGGCCCGUCGCCAUCUGGUCAACAGCAAGCAAUCGGAAGACUCGGACAUCUCGAACAAGCGGCUUACGAUGAUGGCACUCGACGUGUCGCGGGCCCUCUCGUAUCUGGCGGAGCAAAAGUAUGUCCACCGGGACGUGGCCUGCCGGAACUGCAUGGUGAAUGCGCAGCGGGUCGUCAAGCUGGGCGACUUCGGGAUGGCACGGCCCACGUUCGAAAACGAUUACUAUCGGUUCAACCGGCGCGGCAUGCUGCCGGUGCGCUGGAUGGCGCCGGAAUCGCUGGCCCUCGGGUACUUCACGCCCGCCUCGGACGUCUGGUCGUACGGGGUGCUGCUCUAUGAGAUCAUCACAUUUGGGUCGUUCCCAUUCCAAGGCCUCACCAACAACCAGGUGUUGGAGCAUCUGAAAAACGGCCACACACUCGCCACUCCGACCGGAGUAAAGCCCCAGCUCGAGGGGCUCCUGAAGGCGUGCUGGAACGAGGACUUUAAGAAGCGUCCAUCGGCCUCCGAAGUGUCCGAUUUUAUCUCCAACUAUCCGCGGCUGCUCAAUCCCUGUCUCGACGUGCCGCUCGCCUCGGUCGAGAUGGUCGACAACGGGAGCGACCAGUUUGAGUUGCUGCCGGGGCUGCGCAAGUACAAGGACGAUCAGCAACCGACGGCCGAUCUGCUCGUCGGCACGCAGCCCCUGAACGAUCUGAACAAUGGCUACAACAACGUGAGCAUCAUGGCCACCGGGCGCAACCAGCAGCGCAAUAGUCGGCAGCGGGCAAUCAACCUGAACGAUCUGAAUGUGGCCACCGACUUCACUACCGUCAACCCGCUGUCGCCGUUGGACGAUGACGACCUGGAGCACCAGUACCACCCGCAUUUGCCCCUCAGCCGCCCGCAGCAGCGGGACCAGUCGCAGGAGCAAGGGCCGAGCGGCAGCUCCUCGGGAACCGCGCAUCUGAACGUGUACAAUCCGAUCGAACCGCUGCUGCAGCGGGACACGGAAGUGACCAAGAGCAACAACAGCCUGCUGCGGUAUGUGCCAAUGUUUGGGUUCGGCAAGAGCCGAACGGUCACCAUCGGUGGUACUACGAUCGUAACGGGCAGCGGUCAGCCCGCGGCCAGCAUCCCGAGCCCCCUGCACUGUACCACGUCGAUGGGCUCGAUGAUCACCGGCGGCGCUCCGCAGUCUCCGACCGGAUCGAUCCUUGGCACAAGCGGAGGCACCAUGAUCGUGAACACCCGAAGCACCAGCACGACCGUGUUGUAG